AUGGACCUGCAAGCCUCGCCGCUGCCCCCCGGCCCCAACGCCAGCAACACCUCGGACGGCCCGGACAACCUCACCUUGGCCGGGCCGCCUCCCCGCACAGGGAGCGUCUCCUACGUUAACAUCAUCAUGCCUUCCGUGUUCGGCACCAUCUGCCUCCUGGGCAUCGUGGGGAACUCCGCCGUCAUCUUCGCUGUGGUCAAGAAGUCCAAGCUCCGCUGGUGCAGCAAUGUCCCCGACAUCUUCAUCAUCAACCUCUCCGUGGUGGACCUCCUCUUCCUCCUGGGCAUGCCCUUCAUGAUCCACCAGCUCAUGGGCAAUGGGGUCUGGCACUUUGGAGAGACCAUGUGCACACUCAUCACGGCCAUGGACGCCAACAGCCAGUUCACCAGCACCUACAUCCUGACCGCCAUGGCCAUCGACCGCUACCUGGCCACCGUCCACCCCAUCUCCUCCACCAAGUUCCGGAAGCCCUCCAUCGCCACUCUGGUCAUCUGCCUCCUGUGGGCCCUCUCCUUCAUCAGCAUCACCCCCGUGUGGCUCUACGCCAGGCUGAUCCCCUUCCCGGGGGGCACUGUGGGCUGCGGCAUCCGCCUGCCCAACCCCGACACUGACCUCUACUGGUUCACCCUGUACCAGUUUUUCCUGGCCUUCGCCCUGCCCUUCGUGGUCAUCACGGCCGCGUACGUGAGGAUCCUGCAGCGCAUGACGUCCUCGGUGGCCCCCGCCUCGCAACGCAGCAUCCGGCUGCGGACAAAGAAGGUGACCCGCACAGCCAUCGCCAUCUGCCUGGUCUUCUUUGUGUGCUGGGCGCCCUACUACGUGCUGCAGCUGACCCAGCUGUCCAUCAGCCGCCCCACGCUCACCUUUGUCUACCUGUACAACGCGGCCAUCAGCCUGGGCUACGCCAAUAGCUGCCUCAACCCCUUCGUGUACAUAGUGCUCUGCGAGACCUUCCGGAAACGCCUGGCCCUGUCCGUGAAGCCUGCGGCCCAGGGGCAGCUCCGCACGGUCAGCAACGCCCAGACCGCUGACGAGGAGAGGACAGAGAGCAAGGGCACCUGACGGCCCCCUGCCACGCGGGCAGCUCCGAGUCGGGACACCACAGCCAACCACAGGCCACGGGGAGAGCGGCUGAGACACCCCAGACCAAGCCGGUUGGCUGCAGGGAGGCUGGGUGGUGAGGGGCUAUUGUGAUGACAACCAUUCCCGGGGCCCACAAAUUGCUGGGGAGGCUGGGGCCAGGUCUGGGACUUCGAACAUCAGAAAUCCCCUUGGCAGAGAGGGACGAGCUCUUUGGGCGGAACAGAAACCGAGCAAGAAGGAAUUUUGGGUUUGAAAAUAGGGGGGCGCCCUCCGUCUGCUGGCUGCCCGGUGCGAAAGGUGUACUGGAAAUCAGGGCCAAUGUGGGCAGCAGCCACACCACCUAGGGCCCUCGGGUAGGUGAGGGGUGGGGGAUGGCCUCAGUGCUCUUUCCUGUCUCUCCUUGGUUUGCGGAGGGCAGCCUGUCUCCCAGCCGGAGGGUGAGGAGAAGCGAAGUGAGCUGUCUCUGCGUUCCCGCCCUUGCUGUCCAUUUCUCUUUAUUUCUAGGGGAUGCAUGUUUAUUGGGGGGGCGAUGAGGGCUCUGAGCCCACAGGAGUACAAGCCCAAUUUGCUAGGCCAGCCACUGAAAAUGCCAAAGCUCUCUGGGGUGGGGUCCUGAAGUUAAGAAAAAUGGGGGUGGGGUGGAGACAU